CUCGCCGUCGACGACGUCAACGCCGACCGCACGGUGCUCGCGGGCACCAAGCUGAACUUGAUCACCCAGGACACCAACUGCAGCGGCUUUCUUGGAACCAUCGAUGAAUCUUCAGCUGAAACAAACAGGCCCUAACGCGUCCGGUGGUCAUUAUCUCAUUUCUUGAAAAAAAAAAGAUGUUUAGGACCUUUACCCUCCGACAACUUCAGCAUAAGCAUCACUGAUAGUGGCGCAGAGGCCAGCACAAUCUGACUUGUACAUCUGUUCCUGGCGUGGUGGGCCUUGUAAACUAUUGCAUAAGUACAAUCUGCAAGCCCUUAAAAAGGCCAAAGCGGUUGCCACUACUUCUACAGAAUGUGAGAAAUUACACGUUAUAGUAAGUAAUUAGUGCUAGUAGUUAGUAGCCUUGCUUAGUUGCUUUGGGAUCCUCUUUUUUUUUUGUGCAGUGCCCUGCCUUUUGGCACAUGUAGGAAGAAACAUGUCAGCUUCAUCCUUUUUUAUUCCUAAUGAUUCAUUUACUAGUUUCUGGUAUAGUUUUGUAGUUUAUUAUUGUUGCCUUUCUAUUUGAGAUUCCCCUCUUGGCUUAACCCAAGUGAAGGAGCUGAAUGUUGACUACCACGGAAUAUUCAGGUCAAGUUUUGUUUUUGACGAAAGGAAACAGUGCCCUUACAUGUUCACUAGGCAAAUUGGCGCGCCUACGUCGCGCCUGUUUUUUGUUGCACAAAGCAUGACAAAAAGAGACUAAAAAAUUAGGUUCACCAAUUUUAGGCAUCUCAAUAUUUAUUUAUGAAUUUAUCAAUAUUUAACAGAUUCAUUUAAUUAUAGGAAAAACAGUGGUACUUUCAUGUAUGCACAUAAUUUUAACAUAUAGACGACAGUAAUACGAACCUAACUAAAUUUGUUUCAUAUUUUUUUGAGUGUUAGAUAUUUUCCUAUGCAUUUUAGAUUAUUUCAGCCGAUUUAUCGAUAUAACUAUUAUUACUUUCGCUAAUUUUCUGGAAUUUUGCAAAAAAACAUUAUGGGUACAUACACAUAUGUAUACAUGCACAUAUAUGCAUGUGCAUACAUAUCCGUAUAUAUGUACGUACACAUGUGUGGGACCCACAUGAAUACUAUCUACAGUACCUUAUCCCCCUAGAAUUGCUCCGAAUCUUGGUCCUUUAAUAUAUGUAAUAGAUUAGAAAAGAAUAUACAAUUCAAGUGUAUUAUUGGUUUAGUGUCUUAGUCCGAGCUUAGGUCAAGGUGCCCCUCUUGGCCCAUUUUAUAUCCUUCACUUUUAGUUUAGUGCAAUAAUUGCUUGGCUCGUAUCUAAUGAGAUGAGUUGUUUAAAUUGGAAAUGGAGAGAACAACUGUUUUGUUAAGCUUAUGAUGACAUGGCCCUUUCUUAAAGAUUCUGCAAACCUGAUUGUCCUGGCAAUAGAAGAGAAACAGACAAAAAGCAUACUGGUACUGUGGUACACCACAAAUGGCAUAACUUAUGAAUUUGAGUUUGACGGUAGCUGCUGGUAUUACGUAUGUUGCAAGAAACAUAUGUGUCAACUGUUAGGGAGCAUCCAGUUUUCACUUUCUUCUCAUGCAAGAUUCCCUUUUCUUUUUGUGCCAUGUUUGAGCACCAGGAUAAAGUCUAUAAACAGGUUUAUUUGAGACUUCUCAGCUUUGUUUGAAGCACAACUAGUUUUCCUGUUUUUGUCAGACAAUAAAGUUUGCUUAAAGUGCAUCAGGUUUUGGGAAAAAAUUGGUAGGAUCUCAUAGCCGUGAGCAGAAAAUCUGUUACCUGUUAUCUUUCCUUGGCUUGUGAGACGUCAAAAUUAGGUUCAAUUCGUCAACUGUCACUGCUACUCACUUUGAUGGUGCGUGAACUGAUUCAUAGAAGCCUUACUUGGUUGCAGCAUUGCAGCUAAUGGAGAAAAAUGUAGUUGCUGUUAUUGGCCCACAAUCCUCUGGGAUAGGCCAUGUCAUCUCCCAUGUUGUUAAUGAGCUACAUGUUCCUCUUCUAUCAUUUGCGGCCACGGACCCAACUCUUUUUGCAUCCGAGUAUCCUUACUUCUUAAGGACAACAAUAAGUGACUACUUCCAAAUGAAUGCUGUUGCUAGCAUUGUUGAUUACUAUCAAUGGAAAGAGGUGACUGCUAUAUUCGUUGAUGAUGAUUAUGGGCGAGGUGGUGUGUCGGCCCUCGGAGAUGCACUUGCAGCAAAGAGGGCAAGGAUUUCAUAUAAAGCAGCUCUUCCUCCGAAUUCAAAUACAGACGUGAUCACUGAUGUACUGUUUACAGCAAACAUGAUGGAAUCAAGGGUCAUGGUUGUGCAUGUCAAUCCUGACACAGGGAUGAGUAUAUUUUCUGUGGCUAACAAGCUCCAGAUGAUGGCCAGUGGCUAUGUCUGGAUAGUAACUGAUUGGCUAGCUGCUGUCCUGGAUUCCUUAGGUCCCAGAGAUAUUAAUGUUAUGAAUCAUAUACAAGGACUAAUUGUUCUUCGGCAGCACACUCCUGAAUCUGAUACUAAGAAUAAGUUCAUAUCUAAAUGGAAUAACGUGGCUCGUAACAGAAGUAUUACUUCUGGCUUGAACUCAUAUGGUUUUUAUGCUUAUGAUUCAGUUUGGGCUGUUGCUCGUGCUAUCGAUCAAUUUCUCAAUAGUGGACAACAGAUCAACUUCUCUGCAGAUCCAAGGUUGCAAGAUUCAAAUGGCAGCACUUUGCAUCUAUCAACUCUCAAGAUAUUUGAUGGUGGUGAGCAGAUGCUACAGCAACUUCUGCUCACAAACUUUACAGGCCUAACAGGCCCAGUUCAGUUUGACUCAGACCGCAAUUUGGUACGCCCAGCGUAUGAUAUCCUUAAUGUUGGUGGCUCUGGCUCCCGCUUGAUUGGAUAUUGGUCUAAUUACUCAGGCCUUUCUGUUGCUGCUCCUGAAAUUUUGUAUCAGAAGCAAUCAGAUACAUCUACAAGUGCCCAGCGGCUGUACAAUGUGGUAUGGCCAGGUGACUCCACAACUACGCCUAGGGGUUGGGUUUUCCCAAACAAUGGCCAGCCUCUGAGAGUUGGUGUUCCAAUCAAAGCAAGCUUUAAGGAAUUAGUGUCAGGUAGCAGAGGCUCUGAUAAUGUGACCGGUUAUUGCAUUGAUAUAUUCAACGCAGCGAUUAAACUGCUUCCUUACCCAGUUCCUUGUCAAUUCAUACCGAUUGGGGAUGGUAGAAAGAACCCUAAGUAUGGUGAUAUUGUUAAUAUGGUUGCUGCCAAUUCCCUUGAUGCAGCUGUAGGCGACUUUGCUAUAGUGAGAAAUAAGACAAAGAUCGUAGGAUUCACACAGCCUUAUACCGAGUCAGGGCUUGUGAUAGUGGCGCCGGUGAAACAAGCAACUUCAAGUGCAUGGGCUUUCCUUAAACCUUUCACAUUGCAGAUGUGGUGUGUAACAGGUGCUCUUUUUAUUUUUGUGGGGAUAGUUGUUUGGAUUCUUGAACAUCGGAUUAAUGAAGAAUUUCGAGGUUCUCCACGACGCCAAGUCAUAACAAUAUUUUGGUUCAGCUUCUCGACAAUGUUCUUUUCACACAGACAAAACACUGUAAGCGCACUUGGGCGGUUCGUGUUGAUCAUAUGGUUGUUCGUUGUGCUGAUCAUCAAUUCAAGUUAUACUGCUAGCUUGACAUCAAUCCUCACAGUCCAACAGCUCGCAACAGGAAUAACAGGACUCGACAAUUUGAUUUCUAGUGCUUUACCUAUUGGAUACCAGGCUGGAAAAUUUACCAGAAGUUACCUGAUUGAAGAACUCAAUAUUCCUGACUCUCGAUUGGUACCACUAAAUACGAUCCAGGAAUAUGCUGAUGCCCUUAACCGUGGACCAAAAGGCGGCGGUGUUGCUGCAAUUGUUGAUGAGAUGCCAUAUGUUGAGAUCUUUCUGACAUAUUACUGCAAUUUCAGAAUAGUGGGACAGGAGUUCACAAAGGAGGGAUGGGGCUUUGCAUUCCAGAGAGACUCCCCUCUUGCUGCAGACUUAUCUACGGCAAUCCUUCAACUUUCAGAGAGUGGACAACUUCAGAGGAUCCAUGACGAGUGGUUCUCACGGCCUAGUUGCGCCUCUGAUGAUAGUGAAGUGGGAGGAACCAGGCUUGGCCUCGGAAGCUUUUGGGGCCUUUUUCUCGUGUGUGCUCUGAUAUGUGUCUUUGCUCUCGUGGUGUUCUUUAUAAGAGUCUGCUGGCAGUACAGCCAAUACUCCAGUUCUGAAGCUGCUGGUGAGCCCAGUGCAGCCGAUGCUGAUGCUGCUGCUGCUGCCGCUGUCGCUGCUGCUGUAAAAAGACAGCGGAGGCCAACAUGCCUUGGCAGCUUCAAAGAGCUGAUACAGUUUGUUGACAAGAAGGAGAAAGAAGUUAGGCGAACAAUGAAACGAAGAUCAAGCGAGAAAGAUAACCAAGCUGCAGGAUCCUCAGAUGCUCAGUCGGUGGCUUCAGCGGAGAACAUUCGUCCAGACUUCAGUCCUUGCGAUGGCAAAGCAGGGAAGUACAUUAUCAAGAUAACACAUUGAAUCAGGUUCUCUACGGAAAGAAACAAAAUUGCUGUAGAUAGUGUUGAUAUACUUUUAGUUGGAUGAUCUAAGAAUCCGUAUUUUUCAUCAGGAUCAUUAGAAUUCUCUUUUGUCUCGCAUAUACACGGUUUGUAUUCAACAAUGUUUUUCGGCAAUCAACAAUAUUUCAAGC